AUGGCAGAGAUGGCAACCUUACAUUCCAAUGGCACUUGGGAACUUGGUCCUUUACCUCCUGGCAAGCAAAUUGUUGGCAGUUGUUGGGUAGCGGAGCGUGCACUGUAUAUGUGGAACAAUGAGCAGUUCGUGAAAAUGGCACUGAUAGGAACAGUGGAAGUGUUUAAUGUGAUUGUGGAAGGCAUGGAAAAGAACCUGAAGUGGCAUUGGAGCAAGAGCGUUAGACAACUAACGGAAAGUGUGAAGGUGAUGCUGGAAGAAAUGGAUCCAGAUCUGUAUUCAAAGGGUCUCAUGGACAUGGAAGCUAAAGAAUCAAUGGCGCAUCUAGAAGAUAUCAAAAGAAAAAAGAAAUGGGAAAGAAUAGAAUGGGAAGCUGCCAAGAAUCAGUUUUUCAACCCACAACGUUAUAUACGUGUCUCCUACUGA